AGUUGCACACACUCUCAGCUCUGCACAGCUCCACCCCGCUUCGCUCUCCACGGGCUCGGCCAUGUUCACCGACGGCAUGUCGAGGCUGGCAGUGGCGCUCAGCGUGACGGUGGCGCUCAGCCUGACCAUAUUCCUCACCAUUCUGGCGCUCCUCCUCGCCGACCUCUUCUGCGCCCACCUCCGGCGCCGGCGGCUCCGCGCCGCGGCGUCCCGGCCGACGUCGUGGUCCCCGACGCGCACCGCCGACGACGUUGCGUCGGUGGCGACGACAACGACCACGGCACACGAGGCGCUCGCCAGCACGCCGCCGUUCUACUACGCGCACGGCGUCCUGCACGCGCCCAACCCCAAGGACAUCCUCCUCGCCAUUCCCAAGCUGGAGGCCGCCGUGUGGAGCUGGUCACCCGCGCGCCGCUCUUCGCCCUCCACGAGCUCCUCGGAGCGCAGCAACGGCUUCGUGUGCAUCUCCAACCCGGUGUACGACCGGGGCGGCCAGGGCCAGCCCGCGGUUACCGGUGGGGACACCCCGCCGUUCGAGACGCCUGGCGCGUCGCAGUUCGGGAUCACAGAGGAGGAGGACGAGGAGGGUGGGCUCUCGCCGCCGUUGUCAGCGAUGAGGAAGCUCCCGCCAUUGGGCGUCGUGGCGUGUCCCCCGGCGGCGCGGAGCUUCGUCGACGGCAGGCCGUCGCUGACGGUGACCGACACCAACCGGGCCUCCUCAUCGUCGUCCAAUCUCACCGCCCACUUCUUCUCUUCAUGGUCAUCGAAGUAAGAGAUGUAUGGUGUCAUGGUGUAGUGUCAGUUAUGUGCUUGUUGCCUAGAGCUUGAUUUAAUUCAUUAUUUU